UGCUUAUCCACUUUUCAUUUUAUUGCAUCUAUCAUAAAGUAAUAAUCAUAAUGUUUAAAUUAUUUGUUCUUGCAGUAGUAGCUUUUGGUGGAGUUACUGGCUUGGACAACGGAUUGGCGCGAACUCCACCGAUGGGAUGGAUGAAUUGGCAGCGAUACCGAUGCGAAACAGACUGUGAUAAAUAUCCUGAUGAAUGUGUGAGCGAAAAACUGUUUAAAACUAUGGCCGAUAAAAUGGUUUCCGAUGGUUACUUGAAAGCUGGGUACGAGUAUAUAAUCGUGGAUGAUUGCUGGAGUGCAAUGGAGCGAGACGAAGAAGAUCGGUUAGUUGCUGAUCCGAUUCGUUUCCCAAGUGGGAUGAAAGCACUGGCCGAUUAUGUUCAUAAUUUGGGUUUGAAAUUUGGUUUGUACGGUGAUUUUGGCACACAUACCUGUGCAGGAUAUCCAGGAAGCAUCAACCAUCUGGAAUUGGAUGCUCAAACUUACGCAUCGUGGGGUGUGGAUUACGUAAAACUGGAUGGCUGUUAUGCAGAUUCUGAUAUUAUGGAAGAGGGUUAUGCUGAAUAUGGAAAAUACUUGAAUGCAACCGGCCGUCCCAUGGUAUUUUCAUGCAGUUGGCCAGCUUAUCAAGAACCACUAGGCGAAGAGUCUAACUACGAGGCUCUGAAAAAGACUUGUAACUUAUGGCGAAACUAUGACGAUAUUAUGGAUUCCUGGCAAAGCGUCAACUCCAUCACAUCCUGGUUCGUUGAUAAUCAAGACCGACUUGCUCCGCAUUCGGGGCCAGGACACUGGAAUGAUCCGGACAUGUUAAUUAUUGGCGAUUUUGGGCUUAGCUACGAACAAAGUAAAGCCCAAAUGACAAUUUGGUGCCUAAUGGCAGCACCGUUAAUUAUGUCCAAUGAUUUAGUCAAUAUUCAACCCGAAUUCAGAGACAUCCUCUUGAAUAAGAAAGCUUUGAAAAUCAAUCAGGAUGAGCUGGGUAUUCAGGGGACCAUGAAAGUUUUCAAGAACAAUAUUGCGGCUUGGGUUAAGCCAAUUCUACCACUAAGUUCAACUGGAGAAUAUUCCUAUGGUGUUGGAUUUAUCAGCUACCGAGAUGAUGGUAUCAAAUAUCCAAUCGAUUUUACUUUUGAGGAACUGGGUUUGGACGGGAAAUACGGCUACGAUAUUUUGGAUGUUUUCACUGGUGAGUGGGUGGAUGAUGGUACCGACAUAAUUUCCGUUCGUGUUCCACCAUCUGGGGCCGUCUUCCUGAAAGCAAUCGUAAUCUGAUAAGCAAUACGAAAAGCACAGUGCCUAUAUUUUAUUAUUAAGUGUCUAAAAUUAAAAUUUUGCUAAAACAAA